AUGGUACCAAUAUUACCAUUCCUACUACAAGAUCGCCUUUCUAUUCCAGACAACCACAUUCAAGCAUAUACCUCUAGUUUGCUUGUGGCGUAUGCAGCGCCGUCCCUUAUAUUUGCCAUUCCGAUUGGAUGGAUUACGGAUAAGAUUGGCACUCGACAACGACCUUUUCUUGCCGGGCUAUUAUUACAGUUGUUCGCUACAACCGCACUGGCAUUUGGACAGAGUAUUUCUGUCUUGAUCAUUGCAAGAUUAGUUCAAGGGAUAGCUGCCCCAGUCGUUUGGACGACAGGCCUUGCUAUGGUUCAGGAUACAACCUCGCCCCGAAAGAUUGGCCAGGUGCUCGGUCUAAUUUUUGCCGUCAUUUCUGUUGGCGAAGUCACUGCCCCGGUUGUAGGAGGAGUACUAUACGAAAAGUUGGGAUCACUGGAGUUUUCGGAGUUGCAAUAG